AUGAAUUCUCAAUCCUUGAGUGUCAAUCUGCCCACUACGAAGGCUAUCGUCGUGGUAGAACUGAAAAAGGCUGCAGUCCGCGACGUGCUCAUGCCCAUCGUCCGUGACGGCUGGGUGCUUGUUAAAAUUAAGGCAAUAGGCAUCAAUCCUACGGACUGGAAACAUAUCGCGUACGGAGCUGCGGACGUCGGGUGCAGAGUUGGAUGUGAAUAUGCUGGUAUUGUCGAGGAGGUUGGAAGCAAAGUCACAAAUCUCAAGAAAGGUGAUCGAAUCACAGGCUGGAUUCAUGGCUCGAAUCGCGCCAAUCACGAGUCUGGUGCCUUUGCCGAGUAUGCUAUUGCAAAGGCAUCGGUGCAGAGAAAGAUUCCAGACAACUUGAGUUUUGAAGAAGCCGCAACCUUGGGUGUUGCGAUCAUGACUGUCGGCCAAGGCAUGUACAAGCGCCUCAAUUUACCAGUGCCCACAGAGCCAGCAAAAGAACCCUUCCCCAUCCUCAUCUACGGAGGUAGCACUGCGACAGGCAUGGCUGGCAUCCAGUUCGCUAAGCUCUCCGGGCUUACUGUGAUUACGACCUGCUCUCCUCACAACUUCGACUUGGUGACAUUCUUGGGAGCAGAUGCCGUUUUCGACUACAAGUCACCAACGUGUGCAAGCGAUAUCAAAAAGUUAACUGGUAACCGCCUGAAAUAUGCCUGGGACUGUACCGGUGAUGGUGCCGGUAUUUGUGCCGCGGCUAUGUGUGACUCGGAACCAGGUGUUUACGGCACCAUUAUGCCAUCAGAUUAUGACCUUCUGAAAAAGACUAACCCCAUGGUUCACGGCCAAGAGUUCAUGCGCGGCUAUGACACCAUGGGCGAGUAUUACUGCUGGCUUGGCCAGACGCCGAUCACACCGGACCCCGAAGAAAUGAAGUUUUACCAGUUCUUUUUGGAGUUGACUCAGCCUCUAUUGGAAAAUGGAAGCAUCAAACCUGUCAACUUUGUUGUUAAUAAGACCGGUAGUGGGUUAGAAGGGGCACUAAAAGGUCUGGAGGAAAUGCAAGCUGGCAAUGUUAGUGGUGUAAAACUUAUUUAUACUCUAUAA